AUGGAGAAUGUGGAACAAAAAGCUGCCCUCUUAGCUCCUGAAGUUCUGGUCCAUCCUUUGGCCAAACAAGUCACUAAUACGAAGGUUAGGGUUGCUUUUCAAGUAUUGGCUCAACCCAUGACGACCCAAACCAAUAGGGAGGUUGCGGUUCCCGUGAACCCAAAUGUGGGUACGGUGGCAUCUAGAGUUAAGGACUUCACUAGGAUGAAUCAUAUGGAAUUUCAUGGUUCAAAGGUUGAGGAAGAUCCUCAAGAGUUCAUUGAUGAGGUCUACAAUGGGUUUAUGAUCACGGGAGUGACGCUGGUGGAAAAAGCGGAGUUGGCCGCUUAUCAACUUAAGGGUUCCUCCAAUGCUUCUCUUAAGUUCAAUAAAGAUAGGGUGUCUAACCCUAAGCGUCAAAGAGGGAAUGGUAGUGGAUCUUCAUUGCCUAUGUCUACUUGUACUAGGUGUGGAAAGAAGCACGAGGGUAAGUGCCUAGCCGACAUGGAUGGUUGCUUCGGUUGUGGUAAAAGUGGUCAUAAAAUGAGGGAUUUCCCAAUGCUUAUGGCUAAAGGAAGAAAGGGCAAGCAAGCUCCUCCUGGUGGUUCGGGUUCCAAUGCUUCAAAGCAAAAUAGAUUUUAUGCACUUUAG